ACCAACAGAAUACGUCCCCGACGAAAAAAAAAAUGUCCUCUCUCUUCCUUCGUCUCCUCCUCUUCUUUCUCCUCUCAAAUUUUCUCUCAGCUCAAGCUGACACCAACAUCACCCUGGGAGAAACCUUGACCCCUCUGACUCCACCCACAUCUUGGCUCUCCCCUUCCGGCGACUUCGCUUUCGGGUUCCGUCCUCUUGAAUCCGACCCGACCCAAUUCCUCCUCGCCGUCUUCUUCAACAAAGUCCCCAACCAAACCGUAGUCUGGACCGCAAAUGGAGGCAAAACCACUAAUAAUCAGUCGAAGGCCGUGUUCACUCAAGAUGGCCGGCUUUCCCUCCGAGACCACGCAGGCAAUGAAAUUUGGAACACCAGUGUCACUGCUGCAACAUCUGCAGCCAUGCUCGACACAGGCAACUUCAUGCUAGUGAGCUCAAACUCAAGCACACUAUGGCAAACCUUCGACAAUCCGACUGAUACUAUUCUGCCUGGCCAAGUACUACAAGAAGGAACUAGUCUUUAUGCACGACUUACCGACAGCGAUUAUUCACGUGGAAGAUUUGAAUUAGGUGUGCAGCCUGAUGGAAAUCUCGUGUUGUAUUCUUUAGCUUAUCCUACUGCGUUCCGGUAUAGGCCUGCUUAUUGGGCUAGUAACACUUGGGGUUCAGUACACGUUCAACUUGUGUUUGGUCAGUCUGGAAAGCUGUACCUCGCUCGCGCUAACAACAGCGAGUUGUUCACUGUAUCCUCGGUGCAAAUCACAGAAGAUCAUUUCCAGAGGGCAACACUCGAUUCUGAUGGUGUUUUCAGGCAUUAUACACUUCUAAAGAACAAACUGACCACUGGAAGUUGGGAUGUGCAAGUAUCAACACCUGAUAACAUCUGCGAAAGCCUUCAAACUGAUGUAGGCAGCGGGGCAUGUGGAUUCAACAGCUACUGCACUUUCGAUUCAGAUGGAAGGGUUAAUUGCCAGUGCCCACCUAAGUAUUCUUACCUUGAUCCAGAUAACAAAUACAAAGGUUGCAAGCCAGAUUUUAUAUCUCAAAGUUGUGAACCUGGAGGAGAAGCACCGUUCGAUUUUGUUGAAAUGAAUAAUGUGGAUUGGCAACAUUCAGAUGUUGAGACAUUAAACCCCAUGAAUGAAGCUCAGUGCAAAGACAACUGCUUAAAGGACUGUUUUUGCUUGGUUGCUGUGUACAGUACCGAAACAUGCCGGAAGAAGAAGUUUCCUCUUUCAAAUGGGAAUUUGGGAAGCAGCAUUCAAACAAACGUUUUCAUCAAAUUCUCCAAAUAUAAUAACACAAACACAAACACAAUCUAUCUUCCUUCAAAAUCAGAUAAUGGGAAGAGAAAUUGGAAAACUUUGGUGCUUACAGCAUCGAUUCUUCUGGGAAGCUCAGUACUUCUGAACUUGGUUGUUGUUUCUGCUUGUGUAUAUAAAAGAAAACGGCGGUUGUUGUACAGAGAUCCAGGUGGUUUAGUGCCAUCUCUUUGCUCAUUCACCUACAAAGAGCUUGAAUUCGCCACCAAAGGGUUCACCGAAGAGCUAGGAAGAGGUGCUUUUGGUACUGUAUAUAAAGGUAAUAUAGCAUAUUCAGAAUCUCAAACUCUCAUUGCUGUCAAGAAACUAGGAACUCUGUUGGAAGAAGCUGAGAGAGAUUUCACUAACGAGGUCAAUACUAUCGGCCAGACACACCACAAGAAUCUAGUGCGCUUGCUUGGAUUCUGCAAGGAGGGGGAGCAUAGGCUUUUGGUAUAUGAGUUCAUGAGCAAUGGAUCCCUAAGUAAGUACAUAUUUGGGAUGAAUUGUGUUGAGUGGACACAACGAGCCCAAAUUGCAAUUAGUAUCGCUGAAGGACUUGCAUAUUUGCAUGAGGAAUGCAGGAAACAGAUCAUACAUUGUGACAUAAAGCCUCAGAACAUACUCUUGGAUGAAAAUAAUGUCGCUAGGAUAUCGGAUUUUGGACUAGCGAAACUGUUAAGGCUCGAGCAAACUCGAACAAGCACUGGCAUCAGGGGAACUAUAGGUUAUUUCGCACCUGAAUGGUUUAAAAACAUUGCUAUCACAACAAAAGUGGAUGUUUAUAGCUUUGGAGUGGUAUUAUUGGAGAUUAUUUGUUGCAGGAGGAAUUUCGAUUGGGGAUUGGAGAGCCAAGAGAAGUUGACAGUCAUUGACUGGGCGAAGGAAUGCUAUAAGAAUGGGAGAAUGGAUUUGUUGGUGGAGGACGACGAGGAGGCGAAAAAAGAUAGGUUGAGGCUUGAGAGAUUUGUUUUGGUUGGUAUUUCUUGUGUUCAGGAUGAGCCUUGGCUAAGGCCUUCAAUGAAGAAGGUUGUUCAGAUGCUGGAAGGAGCGACUGAGGUUUCUGUUCCUCCCAAUAUGUACUCGAUACAUUUGCAACAGUGAGAUGGAGGCCUGCUUCGCUUACUCCAUGUAAGCACUUGCUUUGUGUUAUAUUAUCUCUGUAGUUAUAUGUAAGUGUUUAUGGUAUGCUAGUUUUAGCAAAUGUACGACAUUUAUGUUGUACACUUCAAAAUUAUUGUAAUACUUCAAAUUAAGAUGUCAACAAGUACCCAAAUUAUGAGAUUUUUUUUAUGCCACAAUAGUGGUAUAUAGGAGAUAGAAUGUAAUAUACGAAUGGUGAUAGAAUGUGAAUGGAGAUAAGAAUGUAAUUUAUUAGGAACGGUGAA